AUGAUCCAAGAAAGUGAAUGGUGGGAAAAUGAUUUUGUCUUGGAAAAUAUCCUUCCAUCUCUAGGGCUGAGUUACCAACACCUCAGCUCAAAUGUAAAACAGUGCUUUGCUUUCACUGCCAUGUUCCCAAAGGGCCACAUAUUUGAUAAAGAACAGUUAGUUCAGAUGUGGAUAGCUCAAGGUUUUGUCAGGCCAGGAACUCAGCGUGGAAGGAUGACCAUGGAGGAUAUUGGGAAUCAGAUUUUUGAUGAGCUAACUUGCAGAUACUUCUUCCUACGUACUAUAAAUGAAAGAUAUAUGAUCCAUGAUCUGAUAAGAGAGUUGGCAGUGUAUAUUUCAAGGGAUGAGUGUUUUGUGAUUGAUGAUGAAUUUUCCAAAAUUCCACCAACUGCUCGUCACUUGACAGUAAUAAGAACAGCUAAACUUGACACACUGGCAGAAUUAUCAAAGCUUCAUAAAGUGCGAACACUUGUAUUCUAUCGUGAUUAUCAUCCUGAAGAUUUUUUCUCCUUGGGAGAAAAUAGUUCUAGAAAAUUUUAUGAAUCACUAGAAGGAAUCUUGAAAAAUCUAAAGAAAUUAAGAAUAUUGGAUUUAUCGUACAUGCGCAUAGACAUAAAGACGCUACCAAGUGCUACCUGUGAUCUUUCACAUCUCCGAUAUUUGGACAUUUCUAGCACUAAGAUUCGGCGGCUUCCUGAAUCAUUCUCUAAGAUUUACCAUUUGCAAGUGUUGAUAUUAAAGCGGUGUUGGAUUAAAAAACUACCAGCAGGAAUGAAUAGGCUUAUCAAAAUGCGACAUUUACAUGCUGAUGCAGACACAAUUUCUCUAGUAGAUGGGAUUGGGAGAUUGACUGACCUUCAAGAACUAGUUGAAUUCCGUAUUACCAGGAAGAGGGGGCACCAGAUUGGAGAGCUCAAGGAAUUACGAAAUAUUCGAAGGCGAUUAGACAUACAUAAUCUUGAGUGUGUUGAAUCUCAGGAGGAGGCCUUGGAGGCAAAACUAAAGGACAAAGAACACCUUGAUCAUCUUAAGCUCUACUUCAAAGAAGCUACAAGGAGCCAGGGAGACAUCGAGAAGGAUAUAUUAGAAGGCCUUGAACCUCAUUGUAAUCUAAAGAGACUUUUGAUUCAGAACUAUGGAGGUUUGAAUUCCCCGUGUUGGUUGGAGAAGAAUUAUCUUACAAAUUUGGAAUCAAUUCAUCUUAAUUGCUGUGCCAGGUGGGAAGAUCUUCCACCAUUGGGUCAUCUCCCAUUUCUGAUGGACAUAUUUAUUUUAAACCUUCCGGUAAGAAGAAUUGGUGCCAAAUUUUAUGGGGAUGCUGAUCAGAUCUUCCCUUCACUGCAAGAACUACAGUUUCAUACCUUGAAUGAAUUGGAGGAGUGGUCUGAAUCGGACAGUAGGCCAAUUUUUCCUUGUCUUAGGAAAAUGAGAAUAGAAAAUUGCCUUAAGCUAAGAAGAAUCCAUGUUCUCCCUUUGACAAUGAAACAGCUUGAUAUUAAGAAUUCUGGUUAUAUUGGCAAUGCCCUAUCUGAGUAUCUGCUAACUUUAACCUCUCUAACAUUUUUGGAGUUGAAUAAGUGUUCACAAAGAGCAUCCGUGUCUCUAUAUAACCUUAGAGUUCUUGAAAACCUACGACUGAUUGAAUGCCAGGAGUUGACCUUAAUUGGUGGAUUACAGUCUCUUACAAAUCUGAAAAACAUACUUAUUGAGAAAUGCCCAAAGUUAAUUGAACCUGCACAGAUGCCAAUGCAACCAUAUGUUGAACAGGAAUUGAGAUUUCUGUGCACCGUUUGGAUUGAUGAAUAUGUUCUCAAACAUGUUUGGGCAAUACUAGGAAGGACCCCAUGUAUUCAGGUGCUCAGAAUCCAUCAUUGUUAUGUUCUUUCUCAUUUCUACCCUGACCAAGAGGAGUGGUUUCAGCAACUGACUGCCCUAAAUCUCCUUGAGUUCCAUAUGUGUCCAAAACUGAGAAAGCUUCCUUCUUCCUUAGGAAAUGCCGCCUCCAUCAAGAUUUUCAAAAUUGUCGAUUGCCCAAAUAUUGAGUCACUGCCACAUAAUGGUCUACCGUUCUUGGUUCAAAAUCUGGAAAUGCAUCGCUGCAUUAAAUUGAAAGAUCGGUGCAGGAAGGAUGAUGGGACAGACUGGCCACUUAUUUCAAAUAUCCCCAACAUUAAUAUUGAUGGUGAAUUAAUACAGAGAUCGGAGUUGGUUUAGAAUGGAUUCAAAUAGGAAGCAAAAUUCAUAGCAUGAAGGAAGGCCUCAGUAAAGUUGGGGGUUGCUUGCUGAAGGUGAAACUACUCAGAUCAGGACCAAUCAAUCUGAGCUGAGUUUUAAAGGUUGCGUUUAGACC